AUGUCUAUGGAUGAAUUUCCUUUAUUAGAUGUACCCGAGUUGGUCUCUUGUUUACAAGAAUGUGAUUUCUCUGCGGCAACGUUAGAAACCAUCACAAAACCUACUUCUCCUUCAAUAAUAAAAUUGUAUCAGCAAAUCAUAGACCUUUUUGCAAAUAUCAAUACUGAAAAUUAUUCUAUUCAGCCUAACCAAGAUAUGACAGAGACUUUAGAUACUUCAAACACUAUUCCUAUUGCAAUAUUGAAUCUAACAUGUCAUAAGUUCUUCAAAGUUAUUGGAAUAUCAGAUUUUAAUAUGAUGGAUCUUUGCAAACCUGAUUUCCAACGGACAAGAAGGUUACUAAGUGCUGUAGUAAAUUAUGCUCGGUUUAGGGAAGAAAGAAUUUUUGAUUAUAAGGAAUCUAUUCAGCAGAUGUCUGAUUUAUCUGAUGUGUUAGAAUCGAAAUUUGAUUCUUUCAAUUUAUUACGACAACAGAACAAUGAAAUUAGGGCAGAAUUAGGACAUUUAAAUAAUGAUUUAAAUUAUGAAAGUAGAAAUAUCGAGGAUGAUGAAGAGUACAAUACUGAAAAAUUAGAUAACAUGAGUAACGAUCUUGAAGUUCAAUUGAAAAGUUUAACAAAACAACAGGAGUCAUUAUCACUUGAAUAUGAAUCAUAUAAAUUGACUAAAAAUGAUCUAUUAACGGAAUUAGAAAAAUGUGGUUUCCAAUUAAUAGAAUUAGAAUCCAAAAGAGAUAAACUAAAGAAAAUAUCUGAUACUGAUGUUGUAAUAUUAGAUGAAAAUAUUAAACAGUUACAAGAAACAUUAAGUGCAAAUAAAGAUAAAUUACAAACUUUGAUAACUAAAAAAGACAAUCUUGAAAUAACAUUGAAGACUUUGGAAAGAAUUAUAAGUGAAUUAUAUGAUUUAACUAACGUUAUAUCAUCAGACUUAAAAGUCUCGUAUGGAAGAGAAAUUUCAAUAAUGAACACAAAAAAAACUUUAAUAGAAAAGAAAAUAACGUUGGAAAAUUUACUAAAGACCUCUUUAUCAUCACAACUGAAAUUAGCUAAAGAACAGCUUUCAAGACAAGAGAUAAUACAUUCAAAUUUGAAAAAAGAUAUGGCUUCAAAAAUACAGGAGAAUGAAGAGAAAAUCAACGAUUUAAAUAAUAUCUAUUCCAAUGAAAUCAUGAAAAGACUAAUGGAAACAGAUAAACAUAUUACAAAUGAUAUAAUAGAAAAAGAAGUUAAAUCUAUUGAAUUAGAAAUUCAUUCUAAAAAACAACAAUUUAGCAACGAAUUAGAUGAAUUAGAAGAAGAAUACAUACUUCUUAUCAAUCAUGUAAAAGAUUAUAUGAGUACUGUUUUAAGUAACCUAGACUAA